ACCCUACAACUAGUUCUCGAUGCUCUUCAUUUUGUUGGUAUCAAAAUUAUUAAAAUCCAUACAAGCCCGUGGUAUUGUCAAAAUCGUAAACUAAAAAUUGUCGUAAUUUGUUUGUGAACGGAUAGAUGCUUCGUUUUGUCGAAUCCGCGAGUCCAGGAAGUCUUAAAGUAAAGGUAUGCCUAUCAGAAGAGCAGCCGAUCCGAUCACCGUCCAACAUGUGUGGGAUGCAAUUCGAUCGGCGGUUCUGCAGCGCCAAAUGGCCGAUUCGAAACGAAUAAUAAAAUAUUUGCAACGCGUGGACAACUGUACCUACGCCCAAGCCGAAUUAUACGUGCAACAGACGCAUCAAGACGGACUGAUUGUCUCCGACAGGGCCUUACAGAAAGUAACCAAAACGUCAAAAGGGGACUUGGUGGACAGCUUUCGGAUACCUACACACGAAGUGCCGCCCUUGGACGGGAAAGACUGGUAUUGCUUCGAAUGCCACCUCGCCGGUGAUGUGACCGCCUGCCAACAGUGUUUCCGCGUUUUCCAUGCGGACUGUGUCCCAAACGGCCGUCUCAAGUUCCAGGAAUAUAAGAAAACUAAUAUUCUUUAUGACCAGUUGAGUAAAUCAGGGGUGAAGGAUGAGUCGACGAGUAAUUCAGUGAAUUCGAUUAAUAUUUCGUCGGAUUCCGACGACUUGAAUGCGAGUGAGUUGAGUACUUACAAAUUUAAUAACAACGGACAAAUGAAAAGUGAUGCGCUUGAGUAUGACGAAACGUUGUGCAGCAUGUGCAACGUUUCCAAGCUGGACGAUGGCUGUAAUUUAGAAAAGUCUGAACUGAAUUAUCUCCUUAAAUUUGUAAUACACAGGAUUCAGUCUUGGUUGCCGCACACUUUAACACACACCAUGGCCCAGCAAGAGCGGCCCGAGUGGCUAACAGACAAGGAGCUGAGUUGGCGGGCAAACCAGCUAUUUUUCGAACACAGAGACAUGUCCGUCAUUGAGGUGAACCUAAAUAACGAGUCGUACACGAAACUGUACCAAUUUCUCGCCGAUGUUUUAACAAUCCAACACAACGUUGCGAUUUUUCACGGAAUUGAGUCGCAGGAAUACGGGGCUGCGGAACUUAUGAUUAGAGACUGCAUGCACGACCUGACCGAGUUGAAACUUUGCGUUGAUUGUUACCGCCAUAGUAAUGAGAAAAUUAACGCUAAGUGGUUCUGUUUGCCGUGCAGAGUGCCUCAUAAGUUAGUUUGGGCCAAACAAAAGGGCUACCCCUAUUGGCCUGCUAAAGUGAUUCAAGAGACGAGCACGCAUUUUGAUGUUAGGUUUUUUGGGGGUAAAUACGAAAGGUCGCUUCUGAUCAAAUCGUUAAUUAAACCGAUUGAAACGCCGCAAUCGAAGUUGCAAAUAAAGACGUCUUCGGCGUUUAACAAGGCGGUGGAGGAGUUAAGGUUCCAUCAGCGCUUGAUGCAGAACCCUGACGAGCUCCAGAAGUUGAUCAGUUCGUCGAAAAACAGGGUCAGGAGUUUAAAUAAGCAGCGAAUUUCGACGUUGAAGAAGUCGCUUAAUAGUUCACUGGAAGUGAAAAAGAGAAAUUCAUUUGAAAUGAAUGAUGUUUACAAGUUUGAGGAUAAUCCAUUCGGUCAGCAAAAUUUAAGCCUAACGCAUAAACGUAAAAGCAGUUUUUGUGAAGGAAGUCCCGUGUCGAAAAAAAAUUCAACUAGUUCCGUGGAGAAAAACGAGGAAGUUCACAAUACUUCCGAUAGCGUUAUACACAUAUCAGACGGCGAAGACGAUGAGUAUCCCUAUUACGAUUAUUCAUCGGUUUCUAAUACAAACUAUAAUGGUUCAUAUGAGCAAGUUUCAAGUUCCACUGAAAAUUACAGAUUCCAGGACAGAAGCCAGGAAAAUGGGAUGCAGCAACUUGAUCACCCUUAUAGUGAUUCAGUUGAAAAGAUGAGAAGAAGACUUGAAUGUGUGAGUGAUAAAAAAGAGCUUAUAAAGUGUGCAAUGGACUGUAUGCAAAGUGAGAUUGAUCAAAUUACAAAUAAUCACAAUGAUCAUUUGAAAAGGUUGUUUGAGUCCCACAAUGCGCAGAUAUCGGAGAUUAAGAAAAAGCAAUGGUGCUAUAAUUGCGAACAGGAAGCCAUUUAUCAUUGUUGCUGGAACACGGCGUAUUGUUCCCAAAGUUGUCAACAACAGCACUGGCAAGCAGAACAUAAAAAAGUUUGCAGGCGUAAGCGCUAGUUUCAUACAAAAAUUAAAAAAUGUUAUUUUGUGUAUUAUCUAUUUUUAUAGUUUGUUUAUCCUCUAAUAUCAUUAUGUAGAGUAAUGGGAACAUUGGCGUAAUUUUCAUUGUUUUGGUACUUUUUAGGACCAAGUUACGAAAGUACAAUUCUAGUUAACUUUUUAAUUGUAGGCAAUAACUUGAGUUGUAAGAGUUUAUCACAUAGUGUUGUUGAAACUUCCAAAUCAUUUUUAAACGUUGUAUCACAAUUGAAAGUUAUGCCACUACUUCAUUGUUUGUUCUUAUUUUAUGGUUUAAAAUAGUAUUGCUUAUAAAUUUUAUGUAUUUGCAACGGAAGAUACAAUAAAUGGCAAACGACCUGUUCUUUUAUCUGCAGCUUUGUUAAAUUAUAUGCAUGUACAAAUAAAGCCCUUAUUUCUU